CCUAAAACCUCUUUCAGUUUAAGGUGAAAAAAAAAAUCACCAUGGAUUCAUAUGAAGCAACAAAAACAGUUUUAUCAAGAAUUGAAAGUUUGGAUCCAGAAAAUGCAUCAAAAAUCAUGUGUUAUUUACUUACUCAAGAUCAAGGUGAUAAGGAGAUGAUAAGAUUAGCAUUUGGUCCAGAAAAUCUGUUAAUUUCUAUUAUAAAUCAAACAAAAACUCGUUUAGGACUUUUAUCGAACAGCUCAUCUGCACCUACAACACCUUCAUCUUCUUCCCAUUUUGGUUCCAAUAAACUCAACCCAUUUCCUCAAUCUUCACCUAGAAUCAUGAUUCCGAACAAUGGGUUUCAAUCUUCACCUGUUUCUUCUCCAUGGUCAGGUGGGUCGCCGCCAGUUUUUUCAAGAAGUCCUAGACCCGUGUCGUAUGCUGCUGUUGUGAAUGGUUCUGGGUAUGAAGAACAGUUGUUUGACCCGGUUAUGAGUCCGAGUGGAAGAAGUGAUUCAAUGGGUAUGGGUUUUUGUGAGGAAAAUCAAGAAAAACAGUUACAUCGUAGGAGUUGUUCAGUGAAUGAUGUUUUUCUUGGUGGUGGUGGGUGUGAGGAAAAUGGUGGGUUUGGUUGGAGGCCUUGCAUGUAUUAUGCUAAAGGGUUUUGUAAGAAUGGGAAUAGUUGUAAGUUUAUGCAUGGUGGAUUUGGUGAUUCAACAGAUGAGUCUUCUGGGAAUGUUGAGUGUUUUGAUGAGAUUAUGCGUGUGAAAGCGUUACAGCAACAGAGAUUUGCUGCUGCUUCUCAGUUUAUGGCUUCUGGAGGUCGUCAUCCUUUUGGUUUCAACAGAUGCAUGAGUGUUUACAAUGAUAAUCAAAGAUCGGCUGCAGCAGCAUUAAUGAUGAGUGAUGAGUUCCACAAACAUGGUCGAUCCUUACCCGACAGAAAUGAAUUUUCAGCAAUGGCGCUGGUUGGAAAUUCGAGUUCUUGUUUGAGACAAAUUUACUUGACAUUUCCUGCUGAUAGCACAUUCAAGGAGGAGGAUGUGUCUAAUUACUUUAGUAUGUACGGGCCAGUGCAAGAUGUUAGAAUUCCAUAUCAGCAGAAGCGGAUGUUUGGAUUUGUUACGUUCAUCUACCCCGAAACUGUGAAGCUUAUUUUGGCCAAAGGCAACCCUCAUUUUGUGUGUGAUUCUCGUGUGCUCGUUAAACCAUACAAAGAAAAGGGAAAAAUCCCAGACAAGAAGCAAUUUCAUCUACAGCAGCAGCCUAUUGAUAGAGAAGAGCUCUCAGCAUGUUUAAGUCCCUCAGGGAUUGAGUCUAGAGAGAUAUAUGACAUUCCCUUUGGAGGAAGGAUGUUUUAUAAUCCGCAUGAGAUGUUGAGAAGAAAAAUGGAGCAGGAUGCUGAACUGCAGCAAGCGAUUGAGUUUCAAGGCAGAAGGUUAAUGAAUUUGCAACUAAUGAAGAACCACCAUCACAAUAGUCACUUCCAACCCAGCGUAGUCUCUCCAGGUGUUCCAUUUGCCUCCCAGAUGCAAACUCAGUUUCAAAACCAUCAGGGUUUUGUUUGUUCGUCUAAUGGCAUCAACCAAGAAGCCUUAGCAGAAAAUAAUGGUGUCCAGGAAUCCAUUAAACCCCUAGCUAAUGCAGCUGAUGAGAAUCAGGAGAUGCCACAUACAAAUAACAGAAAUGGCAGUUGCAGCAAGGAGCAGGCCUCAAAUACUGACAACUCCGAUCCUCAAGAUAGCAGCUUUGACCACAACCUUCCUGAUAAUCUAUUUGCUUCUCCUACAAAAUCGGCUGCAGAACAACAUGUUGCGUUUUCAACUGAUUCAGCUGCAGCUGAUGUUAGUUCCGCAAUACCAAUGCCUGCUACUGCUGCUGCUGCUACUACUACUACUACGAACAAUAUCCCUAUGCUUCCCACCACUUCUGCCUUCAACAUGGCUUCUCUCAAAUCAUGUUACUUUCAGGUUCCAAGGUUUACAUCUGGCCAAGAAGGCACUGAAACUUAAGUGUUCCAGUUGAUCAUCGUUAGCGAGGAAGGGGAUUAACUUGAAAUGUUGGUAGCAUUAUAUACAAGUAGUAAAAGCCCUCUAGCUGUAUAGCCAAAACACAACAGAAGAAAAGAUUUGUAAGGAAGAUCUCCUCAAGAUUAUUGCCAUCAUCAAUACCAUACUACUUACAACAAAAUACAUAAUGCAUAGGUAAAUGACAGAUGAACUGAUUUAUGGGAAAUGGGGUCCCUCUCUUUGUUUAUUUUUGUACCCUCUUUGUAGUUUGUGUGCUGGACCACACAGAACACAAUACCAUAACAAAGGCUAGUAAUAGUAGUAGUAUCCAUUAGAUAUUGU